AUGAAGAUGGCAAAGAAGACAUCGACGCCGUCUUUUGUAGCUACUUCAGCAGCUCCAGCAUCAAUGACAGCGAAUAAUGUUUUAUUUCUUAUACUCUUUGGCAUGUUCCUUAUGGCUACACUCUUACCUGUACUCAUGGCGACACUAUUUCGUCUUGUACUACUUGUAUCUGUAGUAGUAUUUGUAGCUGCAGUCACGAAUCCAUCGGAUCAUUCAUUUGCAUUAUGGAUAAACCAACAAAAUGAACCGGGAGAUCUCAUACCUGAUGCGUCUGUAGGCGUUACGAAGUGGUUCUCAGCCAUGUACCAAACAGCUAAAUCUCUGAUUCACAAUGAACCGUUAACCUGGCGCUUCCAUAAUGCAUUUGUCUUUAGCGUAGUCUAUGUACCGUCAAGAGAGCGCUACGCGUUUGGUAUCUUUGGGACGUGGCGAUGGGAGGAUGAGUCUGGUGAGAAUAUUAAAGCUUUGUGUCGUGCACCGUGGGUGAUGAAGGUAUCAAGGGGUGGAACCAUGUCAAGCAUUGAGAAUUACCUUGUGAAAGGUUCUGGGAUAGGUGGAAGUUCAAGCACUGAUGGAUUGUUGAGACGUAGAAAAACUGUACCAUCGACGGGAUUCGAGACAGGUCAUUGUGGCACAGAGACCGAGUCGCAUCGACAGAUUCGAGCAAAAGCUAUGCAGUUUAAAGUGAAGAAAGAUUGGAAAAAUGCUGCAGUAUUUUUCAGUGAGGCGGCAAAGGUCGCCGGUACUUUGCUUACACGUGCCAACUACGAGUUGGAAUCUGCGUGGUGUAAGUUGGAGAAAGCAGAGACGUAUUCGAAUGAGCAGAAUGAAUUGGUUCAAAGUAUUCGAAGUGUGUGUGAUGAGUUAGCUACUGCUGGGUAUUUUGAUGAAGCAGCACGCGGGCUUUCCGAGUUGGCUUUGCGAUUGAAGCGAAGGUUUUCAGCGGAGUGCAAAAAGGUUGAGUUUGCUAUUAAAGUGGCAGAGCUGCAUGUGCAGGCUAAAAUGGUUGCCGAAGCUGGCGGUAGUGCACACACUGCUGCAGAAAAUGGUGUGUGGGCGGCACAGUUGUACGCUGAUGCUGGCUUGUGGUCACUUGCUGAGGAGUGCUUUGAGGCGGUGGGUGACACGCGACGUGAUAAUGGGCAACAUGAACUUGCAAAUGAAGCAUAUGGAAAUGCCGUUAUCUGUCGCCUUGGCCAACUAGACAUAGUUGGUGCAGAGAGUAUGUUUGAUCGGUUUAGAAAGCACGUGGGUGAUACACACGGCUCUAGUGACAUGGAUAGAUUCCUGUCGAGCGUACUGAAAUCUUGCGACAUGUGGUCGCCACAGAUUCUCGAGUCGGCAGUUGAGCGCUAUGAUUCGUGCCAUCGACUGGCACCGUGGCAGUGUACCUGUCUUGCCAAUGUGCAGGAGAAAAUGAAUAACGUAGACUUGCGAUGA